ACCUGCCGUAAAUGGUUACGAUAAUGUAGGAAAUCAAUAACACGUGUAAAACAAUAUUUUAUGAAGCUAGCGACAUGAAGAUGGGGAUUUUGGUGUCAGUUUAUCCAUGAUACCAGUAUUUAUUCAAACUAAUAAUAUGGUGAUCCUUGCAGUUGAUACAUUUGUCCGAAUUUAAAUACUUUGAGUAGUUUAAAGGAUUGAAAGGAAAGAAUCAUGUUCGUGGCAGUGGAGAUGGUUGACACUGUCAGAAUCCCCCCAUGGAAUUUCCAGCGGCAGUUCAAUGAAGCCAUAGCCGAAGAACUCAACAAGAAAUUGGCCAAUAAGGUGGUUUACCAGGUUGGCCUCUGUAUCUGUUUGUAUGACAUCACAAAACUGGAGGAUUCCUACAUAUUCCCAGGUGAUGGAGCUUCCCACACCAAAGUCCACUUCAGGUAUGUUGUGUUCCACCCUUUUUUGGAUGAGAUUCUUGUUGGAAAGAUCAAAUACUGCAGUCAAGAAGGAGUACAUGUCAGCCUAGGAUUCUUUGAUGACAUCGUCAUUCCCCCAGAGUCCCUACAGCAGCCUGCAAAAUUCGAUGAAGCAGAGCAGGUGUGGGUGUGGGAGUAUGAGACGGACGAAGGGGCCCAUGACCUCUACAUGGACCAAGGUGAGGACAUCCGCUUCCGGGUCACAGAUGAAGUCUUCCUGGACACGUCGCCCACAGGCCCUUCUGCCGCAGCAACCGACACCUCUGCAGCUCCAGGGGCAGAGGGUGGCCAAAAGAAAGAUGCCCCUUACACACUGCUAGGUACCAUUAGCGAGCCAGGCUUGGGCCUCCUGUCUUGGUGGAACAGCUAGCGAAAGGAGAGGCCAUUACAGUAGAGAAAACAGCGAGACAGAUGUCAAGUAUUCAUCCCAGCUGCUGGACACACACCUUCUUUUUGGACUCUUCUCAGUCACACCUCCCAGGUUGUGACUUUAACACUGGAGAAACAUGCCUCCUGUGAAGUGUCCACAAGGUUAAUAGACACAGAACUGCGGGCUCAAGUAGAGGAGCCAGGAUUCCCAUAAUAAGAAUGGUAGACCCAAGGACAAGGGACCAGUAGCAAGGCUUUCUAAUAGAGCACACAGGCCGGGGACAUGGAGAACUGUCUCACUUGCAAAGCUGUAGAUCCACUUCCCCCUGUAUAUUGUAAAUACUACCACCAUAACUGUUAAUGCACCAGCAUUUACACUCGGUGCACAUGACCGUAAGAAAGACUGACUAAAGGGCCCCAAUUGGCCUAUUUAGUGUCCCCAUGUAAGUCUGUGAGUGUUCACUUGAACAAAUAAUGGAGUGAGUGUGCCUAAAUAUA